UCGAAACACUUUAUAAACCCGUGAAUCUGAGCAAUAGUUGGUAUUUCUUUCCUUUUUAGUUUACUAGUAAUAAUUUAUUAUAACAGUGCUUCAAACAAGUAAUGCAUACUCACAGUUCCAUAUGUUCAACGUGUGUUGUCUAUCGUUAUUAUCUAUACUACAAAGAUUUUUCUCAGUAAUUAAUUGAAAGCACUACGACGCAGUAAUAGUCCAUGGCAAAACAGUUUUUAUUGUGUAUCAGGUCAACAUUUAAUAACGUUAUCAUUAAAAAAGUUGUUCAAGUAUCUGCAAAAAACAUUUCACAAACUAAAAUGUCAACACAAAGUGCAUCUUUGGUACAGAAUCUAGAAGGUAUGCGAAUAAAGUAUAAAGACCGCUCUGAUACAUUUACUGAAGAACAAUUAGAUUCUAAAGAACCAAUUGGGCAAUUUAAAGCAUGGUUUGAUGUCGCCUGCAAAACACCUGGUAUCCUCGAGCCAAAUGCAAUGUGUUUAGGAACAGCUACCAAAGACGGUAUUCCAUCAGUUAGACCUGUUUUAUUGAAAGGUUUUAGUGCAGAAGGAUUCAAAUUUUACACGAAUUAUGACAGUCGAAAAGGUCGUGAACUUGCUGAAAACCCACGUGCUGCUCUAACAUUUUAUUGGGAACCUUUAAGAAGAACAGUACGUAUCGAAGGACGAGUAGAAAAGACUUCUGCAGAAGAUUCAGAUGCAUAUUUUUCCGCUCGACCAUUUCCAAGCCAAGUAGGUGCUCAUGCAAGUAAACAAAGUGCAGUAAUUGCUGGAAGAAAUUCACUAAUUGUCAGAGAAAGAGAAUUAUUAGCACAGUUUCCAGACAAUAAAGUACCUAGACCACCUUGUUGGGGUGGAUUUAUUGUUAUUCCCAAUUCAGUUGAAUUUUGGCAAGGACAGAGUGAUCGUUUACAUGAUCGAAUCCGUUUUAGACGAUUAAAACCUGGUGAAAAAAUUGAUAAUAUUUUAAUUCAUGAAGGUCAGGAUGGAUGGGUAUUUGAAAGAUUAUCGCCUUAAUUCUAAUGUCGAUGAGUAAGUUUUAAAAUUUCUCGUUGUAAGCCUAAAAAUUAUAAUUUGUAUAGAUGUAUAUAAUUAUUAUAUGUAUAUUUUUUGAAA